UGGAACUGGCAUCCUUUGUAUGUUUGCAGCCAAAGCUGGAGCCAAGAAAGUUAUUGGGAUUGAGUGCAGCAGUAUAUCAGACUAUGCUGUGAAGAUUGUGAAGGCCAACAAGUUGGAUCAUAUCGUUACCAUCAUUAAAGGCAAAGUGGAAGAGGUUGAGCUUCCUGUGGAAAAUGUAGACAUAAUCAUCUCUGAGUGGAUGGGCUACUGUCUCUUCUACGAAUCCAUGCUUAACACUGUCAUUUAUGCAAGAGACAAAUGGCUGAAACCUGAUGGCCUGAUUUUCCCUGACAGAGCCACGCUCUAUGUCACUGCUAUUGAGGACCGACAGUACAAGGACUACAAAAUUCACUGGUGGGAGAACGUUUAUGGCUUUGAUAUGUCCUGUAUCAAGGAAGUGGCCAUUAAGGAGCCACUAGUGGAUGUUGUUGACCCCAAACAGCUCGUUAGUACUGCCUGCCUCAUUAAGGAGGUGGACAUCUACACAGUGAAGAUUGAG